AUGAAUACUCCAACGUCGUCAUCUCGUGCCAGUGGCAGUGGCUUAACUAUCCCACCAACGACACCGAAGUCUUCUGGAAAUCCACGUCAUCAUGGACAACGUACACCAAACGGAGGAUUGUCACGUCAACGAAAGGCUCAAUCAUCGAGCCCCCAAUCGUUGAAUCCAUUCGCCUCAUCGUCGGUUUGCUCAUCACCAUCGGCUAGAAAUGUUCCGUUGCCGCCGGCUGAAUGGCUUAAUCAGUUGCAAGUUCCUGUUGAUCAGGAAUCCCGCCCAUCUUCAUCCAUUUCGAAUACCUCAUCCGCUUCAUCAUCUACCUCAUCCCUCUCUUCAUCUGGAAUUAUGGAGUCUUCUCCACCAUCAUCCUUUUUGAGUCGUUAUGAGAAAUCCAGCGGACCAUCGGAUCUUCGUUCGAUCGGAGCGAAAGCGGGUGGCGUUCGCGUGUGUCCUCUUCAACUGAUUGCCGCUAUUGCUUCCGCGUAG